AUGACUCUCGUCGACAGAACGAGCCAUGCCAGUACUCUCCUUCAGUCUAAUGACACGCGAAAUCUACUUGACAUUGUUGACAACCUUCGCUCUCAAGGCAUUAGCAGAUACAUUGAUCUUCCCGAGAUCGUUGUGUGCGGUGAACAGUCGUCCGGAAAGAGUUCAGUCCUGGAGGCGAUUUCGGGGGUGACUUUCCCUAGCAAGGACAACCUUUGCACCAGGUUUGCGACUGAGUUGAUACUCAGACGCGGUCCACCCUCGCCUAUCAAGAUAAGCAUCGUGGCUGGAUCCAAUGAGCAGCGUUCCCAAGAGGAUAAAACAAAGCUUUCGGAUUUCAAGCAUGAGAUUUCAGUCUCUGCAGAAGCUCUACAGUUGGACGAAGUCAUCGAGUCCGCCAAAGCGGCCAUGGGUAUCGAUGAUAGUACUAAAGUAUUCAGCUCCGACAUCCUUCGCUUGGAGCUUUCUGGUCCGGAACAACCUCAUCUCACCCUUGUCGACCUUCCGGGUCUGUUCCAAGCUGGGAGUCGUACCCAGUCCGUUGCAGAUAGCGAGACUGUCAGGUCACUUGUACUGUCUUACAUGAAAAGUCCGAGGAGCAUCGUCCUUGCGGUCGUUUCGGCGAAGAAUGACUUCAACAACCAAGCCAUCACCAAGUACUCGCGUGAGAUUGACCCAAAGGGUCUUCGAACGCUUGGACUAAUUACCAAGCCUGACACUUUGGACAAGGGCUCAGACAGCGAACGUUUCUAUGUUGAGCUCGCACAAAACAAGGAUGUUAAAUUUCGGUUGGGAUGGCAUGUCCUGCGCAAUAGAGACUACGCCACAAGGCAUUCCACCUUACACGAGCGUAAUCUGGAGGAGGAGAAGUUCUUCGCUUCCGGUGUAUGGACUUCGCUCCAUCCAACCCAAGUAGGAGUACACUCUUUGAAGCCUAGGCUCAGCAAAAUACUCAAGGAGCAGAUUCUGGUCCAACUUCCAGAUGUUCUGGCACAGAUACAGAAUGGCAUUCAAGACUGCAAUCAUCGAUUGGAUGUCUUAGGUGCUUCUCGCACUAGUCUACAAGAGCAACAGCGAUAUCUUCUGCAUGUAAGUCAGUCGUUCAGCAAGAUGGUCAAAGCCGCCGCCGAUGGUCUCUAUUCCGACCCCUUCUUUGGGGACGCAUCUACAGAGAUUGGCUACCGAAGGCGCCUCAGAGCGAUCCUCCAGAACACCUUGACGGAUUUUGCAGAGACUAUGCGAAAGGAGGGACACACAUACGCUAUCGUAGAUGAGGUAUUGGCAAACCACCCUAGACAGAUCACACGUACAGCCUACGUGGCGAAGGUCAAAACUCUUCUGAAACGAAGCCGGGGGCGUGAACUGCCUGGAACGUUCGAUCCACUCAUCAUCGGACAGCUGUUUCACGAACAGCGUAAGCCUUGGACCAACCUAGUCAAUGACGCUGUGGACAAGGUCGUUCAAGCGAUUCACUUCGUAGUACGGUCAGUUUUGUCGCAGCACUCCAAUGCCUCCACGCUGGAUGCACUCCUGAAGCACUUCAUCUACCCUCGACUGGAGGGUCUCACCAGGGAACUGCGCGCAAAAGUUGAAGAGCUCCUCACCCCGCACGACACAGGCCAUCCUAUCACGUACAACCACUACUUAACCGAGAACGUUCAGAAGGCACAAGACAAACGUCGCGCGCGUGAUAUCAAGAAGUCCCUCGAGAAAUUCUUUGGUGGUGAUUACACCUCUGAAGGAACUCAUGUCAUGCAUAUCAACGUCAACGAAUUGAUCCAAGUCCUCGUCACAAAGACCGAGGCUGACAUGAACAAUUAUGCAAGCUCUACUGCUACAGACUUCAUGGAGGCAUAUUACAAAGUUGCCUUGAAGAAGAUUAUCGACGACUUCAGUGUGCUGGCCGUUGAAGCCUGUUUCAUUGAGAAACUCCCAAGCUUGUUUUGUCCGGAAGACGUGUUCGAUCUCUCCACUGAGACAAUCGCGAUCCUAGCUGCAGAGGAUGAAGAGUCCGCUGCCGAGCGAGCCCGAUGCAGCGAGAAGCUCAAGGUGUUGCAGAACGGUCUACGGGAACUGAAAGGUGUGCAAGGAAUUUCGUCGGCGGCGUAUCACGGUACGUCAGCAUGAAGUAC